CAUCAUAAUUUUGUCCAAUUUUGAAUUCUUCCAAGCUGUAACUAUCAAAGCAUCAAAAUCUGAGCCUGACUUGCCUGGCUUGUGCAAGUCCCAACAAGACGACAACCAAUAAAGCAUCAAAGGGCUCACACAUCUUCUUCCUCAUCUUUUAACAAUCAUGGACUUGGACAUGAACAAACUACAAGACAUUUUCAUUUCUGUUAUGGAGAAGAACGUGUAUGGAUUGUGUUUCACUAGUUCAAUCGUUAUCCUAACCUGCUUUAUGUGUGCAUUCAUGUUCGCUCACUUCCUAUCUGUUCUAAUAGUAGUAGUAAGCAAUAGAAGGAAAUGGCUUCAGAAACAAUCAUGACAAGUGUUGUGUGCCAAAUGCAUAGUGGAAUCAUAGAGCGAAUAGUACCAUGCAGUGGAUAUGUUCAAGGUAGAUAUAAAUGUAAAGUGCAAGGAAAGAAGCUAGAACUCAACUGGUCUCUCCCAUGUUGGUCUACUGCAUCAAGGAUCAAUCAUCGGAUUUCGGCGUUCGAGGCAACUACAAUAGAACCCGAGGCAUCGAGAAGCAGUCCUGACUACGAUGAAAGGCUGAUACAGAACUAUGUGCCAGUUUACGUGAUGCUUCCAUUGGGAGUUAUUACAACUGAUAAUGAACUGGAAGACAGAGAUGGGAUAACGAAACAACUCAAACAACUACGAGAAGCAGGCGUGGAUGGCGUAAUGAUUGAUGUUUGGUGGGGGAUUGUAGAAUCCAAAGGGCCAAAUCAGUAUGAUUGGACUGCAUAUAGGAGCUUGUUUAAGAUAAUUCAAGGAUGUGGUCUGAAACUUCAAACUAUAAUGUCUUUCCACCAAUGUGGAGGGAAUGUGGGAGAUUCUGUCAAUAUUCCACUCCCCAGUUGGAUUCUCAAAGUUGGAGAUUCAAAUCCUCAUAUCUUUUACACAAACCGCUCGGGAACCAGGAACCAGGAGUACCUCACUCUCGGAGUCGAUAACCAGCCUCUCUUUCAUGGGCGAACUGCUGUGGAGAUAUACAGGGAUUACAUGAAGAGCUUUAGAGAAAACAUGUUUGAUUAUUUAGAAGAUGGUCUUAUAAUAGACAUUGAAGUGGGACUUGGUCCUGCUGGGGAGUUGAGGUAUCCUUCAUAUGUAGAAAAUCAGGGAUGGGUAUUUCCUGGUAUUGGAGAAUUCCAGUGCUAUGACAAAUAUCUCAAAAGGGAAUUCAAAGAGGCUGCAGCAACUGCAGGACACCCUGAAUGGGAACUUCCAGAUAAUGCAGGAACUUACAAUGACAUCCCUGAAUCUACAGAGUUCUUCAGAUCAAAUGGGACUUACCAAUCUGACAAGGGGAAGUUCUUCUUGACAUGGUAUUCCAACAAGUUAUUGAGCCAUGGUGAUCAGAUCCUUGAAGAAGCAAACCGGGUUUUCGUUGGUUGUAAAGUUAAAUUAGCAGCCAAAGUAGCUGGGAUCCACUGGUGGUAUCAUACGGAAAACCACGCAGCAGAGUUAACAUCAGGAUAUUACAACUUGAAAACUAGAGAUGGAUAUCGACCUAUAGCAAGAAUGCUAUCAAGGCACCAUGCAAUUUUGAAUUUUACAUGUCUAGAGAUGAGGAAUUAUGAGCAUAUAUCAAGAGCUAGAAGUGGACCUGAGGAACUAGUUCAGCAGGUAAAGUAUAAUCAAGUUCAUACAAGAAAGAUCAAGAAAUUGAUCCCAAAUUCUAGGAAUGAUUUGAGUAAGUUGCUCUUAAAGCAAAGUGACAAUUUAUUCAAAUUUCUCCAACAGGUUCUAAGUGGAGGUUGGAGAGAAGGCAUUGUAGUAGCAGGAGAGAAUGCACUACCAAGGUAUGACCACGCAGCUUACAAUCAAAUUCUUUUGAAUGCUAGACCAAAUGGAAUCAACAAAGAGGGUCAACCGAAGCAUAAGAUGUUUGGAGUGACAUACCUUCGACUUUGUGACAAACUCCUGCAGCAAAGAAAUUUCAAUAUAUUCAAGAGCUUUGUAAUGAAAAUGCAUGCUGAUCAGGGUUACUGCCCCAACCCAAAGGACUACAACUGCGAUGUUGUCCCACUAAAACAGUCGAGAGAAAAAAUUUCGAUGGAAGCACUUUUAGAAGCAAAGGAUCCAUUGGAGCCAUUCCCAUGGGAUAAGGAAACUGAUACUCCAAUCGGUGGUCCUUUUGUGGAUGUCUUUAAUAGAAUACUAUACAUAUUUAAGUGAAAUAAGAACCAAACAGAAGUGACCAUGGGGAUGCACCAAACUUUACUGUAGAGAUCAUGUAUUUGUUCCUCCUGCUAUUGUAUAAAAUUUAUAUGAAACCAUUUUUAAGUAAUAAUCACCAGAAUCUACAUCAA